AUGCCUAAAACAAAGCAAUCGCCUCAGAUAACCCUCCAAAGUAUUCCUACAGAGCUUCUGACCGAGAUCGUCACUCUUCUCGAACCGGUUGACCGUGCAAGCCUGGCUUUCACAUCAAGUUGUCUUCAUGGCCUCUUUGGCAACACCACAAAGCUCAACGGAUUCGAUAGUUGGAUGCUUGUACAACGGCUUGAACGAAUCAACAUGUGGCCUUCUGAAAUCCUUUGCGAGAUCUGCCGGAAGUUUCACGAACCUCGGAAGAGUCGUGAAACAUUUACUGAAAAAGAAGGCCGGCCGUCGUGUAUCAGGAAUGGCGCUCAGUAUAUGCAGCAAUUAUCUAUUUCGCCUAACCUUCCGACUGAGGUUCAUUUCGAUGUAAUGGCUGCUAUAUCGAGAUCCCACCAUUUUAACCAUGAUUCUCUGUUUCUAGGCGAACCGAGUGUACAGUACGUGUCGCCGUUCGUCAACGAUGAUGAUGAACUUAUUGUACGGCUACAGCAGACUCAGCAUUUCUCCAGCCAGAGACACUUGCUCCUCAAGUCACAGAGGAUACUGUUCCCCGGACGAACCGCAGGUCGUGAGUCGAAUAAGCUCAUUGAGGGCCUUGAAACUCUACACCAGACUUUUGAGGAGCUCUCCGAACUUGGCACAAUCUGUGGACAUGCUAAAUGGAUUGAUCUGUACCCGUUCAUCACUCGCCCCGAAAAGGGGCUCAAGUGGCACCAAGGACAAUGGUCAUUCCGCCACUCAGGUCUACAAGAGUUUGACCUACCCGGCGAACAACUACGAGAGUGUCUAUGGACACACAAGGGAGACUGCUGGUUGACUUGCCAAGCAAGAGCCAGACUAGACAGCGCCCUCGAUGGACGCAUAUGGUCCUGUGGCGGUUGUUCCACUGACUACGCCGUCAACAUCAUCCGGUCAGAGAGCUCGUGCGCGAACUAUAUCGUCAUGACAUCGUGGAAAGACCUCGGGACUUGUAUUAGACGAGAUGAUCCGCUGUGGCAGGAACAUUUGGACUCUGAUAUUGAUGCGGGGCAUAGGUGUGAGGAAUUUGGUACGAUAGCGGAGCAGAUUGAGAAGUUGACGAGGGGGGCAAGGACGAGAGUGUAUUACUUUCCUCAAAUUUCGAAGAAAAGGCUGCGCGAGAUCUUCAUUGAUGAGGGAGGGGAUAAAGAGCCGAAAGUCAAUAGGAAGGUGGAGGUGGAUUCGUGA